CUCAUGUUAUUUGGUGAUUGACAGAGGUGUCGAUUUCUUGUCAGCCUCAGUCAUGCCAAUCAACCCUGGAGCUCCAGCUCCACCAGCUUUCGAGCCGUGCUCUGGUGUGUCCUGCGACGAUCCCCGUCGGCCAGGCCGGCGGACUCUACAUGGAAUUCACUCGGAGAAGCCUGAAUGAUGGUGGUAUUCUCUAUCACUUGCUCCGGAUAUCGCACACCUGGUAAAGCACGGUCUCCCUCCAAUAUUUUAAUUCGAAACUCCCACGCUGGUCUCGACAGUUGCUUCAUCCGGGAUAGUCGUAGCCGAUCGCUACCAGAGAUUCUUUUCAGGGGCGACGGAAUCGAACAAUUCCCAGAGUUCCGCACCCCACUAGUCCCACCACUUACAAUACUUUGUCUCUACUCCACAGCGCUGGGCCCAAGGACCGGACAAUAUGUGUUCCUGGCGACGAUUGGGGUCUUUUUCCACGCGACCUGCCACGCAGGCCAUGUCCAUCCAUUGUGGAUAUUGACUAUGCGAAACACGCUGCCAAGACCGAUCGGCCCGCCGAUCCUCUCGCCUUAGACUGAAGUGUGUUAUGAGAUAUGCGUCGUGGUUGGAUGGAAUAUCGGGACUUGAUUGUAACCUACUGAUUUCACGUACCCCUGCAGUAUCAGAUUAGGCCUUCUUACUCGAGGAGGACUAUGACCUUAUUCACCCACGUCGCAAAUUGCAGAUGAAACCUCCGUCCGGCCCUGUCGCGGGGACCCUUGAUUUUAUGUCAAAGAUUUGCAGAGAGAUGAAGAGCUUUACCGUCGGUCCACCCAAUGACGAUUGCCAAGCCUGGUUAUCCAGACUUUUGAGGUGUCGUUGUUGCGCAUAACAAGAUAGCCGAGAGACGAUCAUCUUCGUUGGGCUGCCUGGUUGGAUAACGACCAGCAACCAACCCACUAACCAUCCACGCGUGGGACGGCAAUGAUCUUCAGGGCUAUCGCUUCUAUCACGGAGUUUCGGCGGAUGAAGAUGGAACGAUGCUAGGCUGAUUUUUUAAACGAGCAGCUCCCCGAGAACGAUGGAUGUGCUAGAUGUUCUGGAAAAGCACGUCUUUGCAGCUCCCACUGCCGUCACUCUUUUAUCUACACUCAUCCUCUCGUUUUCAUUGAUACCCAUUGUCCUUCUUUAAUAGGCAUAGCGCUUAACCCUUGUCUGUACUGAACCUUCCCAACCUGUGAGCGGCUAUGGCUCCAUGGCGGUAUAUUGCUGGCAGCACGCUGCUACUGUCCUCACUCAGUGCGGCGGCUUGGCCAUACUCGACAUAUACUUCGAUGAACUUCCAGCCGCCGAAACUUGAAGUCAACAAGACCGGCACUGCUGAGCCGGGUUACCUCUUCCUCGGCCCUCGUGGCGGUGUCCAGCCUGCUGGUCAGGCGGCACUAAUUUACGACGACGAAGGCAACUUGGUCUAUGAAGGCCCUGAAGAGGUAACCGCCAACUUCCGCGUUCAACGACUGAAUGGCCAGGACGUUAUCACUUUUUGGUCUGGCACAAUGAUGGACCUGGGCUUCGGAUAUGGAGCCGUGCACAUCCUCGACAACACGUACAAGGAGAUCCAUACCGUAACUUUGACUGGCGCCUUCGUCACUCCGGACAGCUCGCCCAGGGACUCGUACAUUGACUUACACGAGAGCCAUAUCACUUCUCGCAACACUCUGCUGGUGACUGCCUACAAUGUGACACAGCACGAUCUGACCACCCUCGGUGGAAACUCUUCAGAGUGGAUGCUUGAUAGCCACUUCUACGAGAUCGACAUCUCCACUAACCAGAUUCUUUACUCCUGGAGUGCUCUUGACCAUGAAGACCAGAUUCCCUUGAACUCUUCGCACCAAAAGCUGGGUGCCGACGUUGGCUCCCAGGAGAAGCCUUACGAUGCCUACCACAUCAACUCUAUCACUGCCACCAACAACGGUUACAUGGUAUCCUUGCGCCACAUGUGGUCCGGCUAUUAUCUCUUCCCCAACGGCAGCAUCAACUGGCAGCUGGACGGCGCGAACGGUGGCGAAUUUGCACAGGUCGGCAACGCGAACUUCAGCUGGCAGCAUGAUAUGCGUGUGUACAACGAGACCGACGAGGGCCUUGUUCUCAACCUAUUUAACAAUGCCAACACCCCGACUGACUCCGAGACCCCAACGACUGGUGUCAGCCUGGCCGUUGACCUAUUGAACAAGAAGGUUACUGGUUUGCGCUCCCUAACCGAUCCGAACGAUCCCAUCCAUUCAGUCAGCCAAGGCAGCUACCAGCUGCUCAACGAGGCCGACGGACACGUCUUCAUCGACUACGGCUCUAUCUCCAAAGUCAAAGAGUUUGAUGGUGACGGCAACGUUGUGUUCAGUGCACAGUUCGGCCCAGAUAAUGCUGUCGCAUCGUACCGCGGCUAUCGCUGCCAAUGGAGCGCCGUCCCAUUCUGGAAACCCUCUUUGACGGUGGACAAGACCAGUGACGGCAUCACCGUGUAUAUGAGCUGGAAUGGUGCCACUGACUAUGAUAACUGGGUUGUCUACUCGGUUGUCUCUGCCACCUCGGUCAAUAGGACGCAGAUUGACAUUGCGAAGCGCACCGGCUUUGAGACUGCGGUUAGUCUUGGUACUCUGUCCUCUAGCUUUGUUCAGGUUGCUGCCCGUCGGGGUUCAACGGUUCUUGGUACCUCCGAGAUUGUCUCUUUCUAAGUCGGAUGUCCUCUAUAUAUAUAUACUUUUGCGUGGGUAUCUGUAGCUGGGGUGUCUCAAUGUGGCUCUUCGAGCCUCUGAUCUUUUCUUUCUGUAUAUAUUUCUCCUGAAUAUAGGCGUAAAUAGUCUAUUUAUUUCCAUGCACUCAUACUUUAUCCCG